GCGUAACGCGUGUUGAACAGGCUAAACCUUAUGACCUACUUCACACUGUCACCACCACCAGCACACAGCAAACGUAUGUGCUAAGUACAUAGUCACACAUCGUACAUUUCCAUUCUUUGUAUCACCAUGCCCCCACUCCAGCGCUCUGCCUCCAUCUCAACGAUCUCGACUGUAACUCAUCCAAACACGUCUAUUGCUGAUACGUCGUCUUCAAAAGCAAACCCCCCUGUUAGUACACAUGUACCCUAUAUCAGACGACGCAACACCCCUCAGCAACUCAAGGCUCUUCAUCAACUGCUCGAACUGACUCCCCAUCCAACUCGGGAGCAGCGUCUCGCUUUGGCUACGGAGUUCGGCAUGGAGCUCAAGUCUGUGACCAACUGGUUCCAAAAUAAACGCCAGACAGAGAAGCGAAAAUCCCUUGUCUGGAAUGAGAAUAAUCCUCCAAAAAUUCACGCACCUCAGUCGCGUCAUCUGAAACAGCGCCAUUCUAAUAGAUCAAUAUCUUCAUUCUCUGUUUCCCUUGAUAAAAUUGCUCGGUUAUCUGAGAGACCCUCAUCACCGUCAUUACUCCUAUCUGCCGAUCGAGCACCUCCCACUCCUCUCACUCCACGGACUACUAACGUUCGUGCUCAAUCGUCUCCAAGUCCUUCGGAGCUAUGGAAACAUAUCCCAUCAUCCCCCGCUAUUCCACAGUCUUCACCAAGUGCUGAAGAAGCUAGACUGGCUGGCCUUCCCUCACGAUCAAAGACCUGGCGUUCGUUAGAAUGGGCCUGUCUCAAAGCAAGGCGAGAGAGGCGGGUUGACGAUGGAGGAGAGGAUGGCGACCUCCCUUGUCUCCCUUCUUUGAGUCACGGUGAUGGUUCAGAUGAUGGGUCGUAUGAAGCCCUUACCCCUGAUUCUAGCGUUCGAUGCAUCAACCUCUCUCCCCAGAGCAACUCUCCCUCGCGCUUCGGUGGAGAGGACAACAAGGGCUUACUUUCUGACCCGGAAAAACCUCGCCAAUCAGAGGAUGUCGAAGCUGCCUUGACCCUCCUUGGUUUUAUGGCGCGUCGUUAAUAUUUCACUAUCAAUAAUUUUAUACCUUUCUCUUCGUGUGCAAUACCUACUAAGGAACCUGUUGUAUUCCAGUCAUUAUUCGGUUUUCAUUUGAUACCUACAGGAUGUUUGCUUUACUAUAUCAUAUUUAGAUGUUCAUGGCAUGUAUAGAAUUAUCCUCAUUUAUGGCACCCAUUUUUUUCCAGAGCUGCACAGUGCAUAGGAUCUAGGCCGUCUAGUGACUAGUGUGCAAAAAUUGGUUGAUUGAUUUUGUCC